AUGCCUAACACGUGUUGCGUGCCGGGGUGCCGUUCCGGCUACAGAGGAACGACCGAGAAGGUGUCGUUGUUUUCUUUUCCACCUGACAAGGACCAGUGCGAGAAAUGGAAACGGGCCAUACCGCGGCAGGAAAGUGGCGACUUCAACUUUGAGUCCAAAUAUACACAUGUGUGUGCGAAGCAUUUCGACGCCUCGGACAUUGUCACUACUUAUGAUUUCAAUAUCAACGGCGAUGCCAUGUCCCUGGAGCGCGACAAGCCAACGCUGAAGGCUGACACUGUCCCAAGUAUUUUUGGUGGCCUUCCUUCGUAUCUCACGAAGCGUAAACCUCGACCCCGCUCAUUGACAAAUCGAUCACCGCGCAAACGAGCACGUGAGUCGUCGUGCGAGACGGAGGAGCAACGAGCAUCGCCGACGACCUGUUCAGACCGCACCGAUGCUGCAUCAGUGAAUGAAGGUAUGUAA